AAGCACCAGUAGAGACUAACACUCUUUAUAGUCAAGACAACAAAAUAUUAAAAAAAAAAAACACGAAAUUAGGAUUUCGUUUGAGUUUAGGUUUUAUGCCUUUGAUUACUUUAUCCCAAUUUGUUAGUUGGAUAUAUAAUUUUAUUCUAAUGCGUAAGGCCGGAGUGCAUUGGGGUAAUAUGGAGGACAUAGGAGAAAAAUGGGAAGGUGCAAAUAUUAGUAGAGCAAAAAGUAGGGAAAAUUUGGGAGCAAGCCUAAGUGAUAAACCAUUGGCCGGAGGAAGUUUUUGA